AAAAAUAUUUCAAGGACAGCGGGCUUCAAAAAUGCUAGUCGAAGUUCCUCAUGAAGCGUAAGCUAUCUGAUGAUGGUGUUACCAGCCCCCAAAAAGUUAUGAAGGUAUCCAGUAUACCUGAAAUGAAAACAGUAUGUGAUGCUCUUGAAUAUCUGUUUAAUCUAUAUCCUUCUAUGAAUUCAAAAAAUCUUGGCCGCCCAAUCGUUUUGAAGUCACAGUUAUACACUCUUGUAAAUAAUCGGAACAAAGUAGAAUCUCAACUGUCAGAUAUGCAGACAUCUCAGAGAAUACGUUUAUUAAACAUUGACGACCAAAUCGAUGAUUCCGUUGGUAUAAUGAAAUCUGAUGAUUUUGUAAAUUCUUUCAGAGAUUUCUCUAUUGAUGAGUCAAAGAUUUUAGAACGAUUUGCGGAAUUCACUAGUCAAAAGUAUCGUUAUUUAAGCUUAUGUAAACGUGUUGCAUCGGAGAAUUUUUCGGAUAAUGAGAUAAGCAUUCUAAUACAAAAUGGAGCUUUAACCAUCAAAUCCGAGAACAGUUGGUACAUUUCCACUCCAUAUCUUGGUGCAUUUAUUCGUGCCUACAAAGCUGGUCAACGGGGUUUAUUAACAAUAAUUAAGAAGACGCGAUUUAAAGAAUUAUUGCUAUCUGAGAUUUUUCAUCGAAACCUGGGUAAAGGUGCUUAUCUAGGUCAUAUGUAUCACUUACUCGCUCAUUUAGGAGCUGGAACUUUGAAUUCGAUUCAAACUAGCUCUGGUUUGCUUAUCAGAAUGUAACGCUUCAAGAAAAAAUGAUGAACUUUAUACAACAGGUUCGACUGGUUCUACUUUGACAAAUUAUUGGGAAAUUAACUUCACUGUUUCGGUUUCCACUUUUGGUAUAAUAUAAAAAAUGUUACCUUCUAUAUUUGUAUUGGUUAAAAGCAAAUCCAUUUUAUAUUGUAAUUAGCUUUUGCUUAAGAUGCACAUAGUAAACCAAACGUAGUAAACUUUCGAGUAGUUAUUUAAAGAUCUUGUAAGAAACGGUGAACUAUCGGGAUGAAUGAACUAAACACAUUAAAUGAAGAUGUCAGAUUGUUUUAGCUAUGCAAUUGCCUUCAUUUUAGCUAUAUCUAGAUUUUAUUUGGUUUCAUUUAUCACCUACUUUAUGUUUUAACUCUUAUCUUUAUUUAGUUAUUAUUAAAACGGUCAGUAUCCUUC